AUGAACUGUCUUCACAAUCUUCCUCGAUUCUGUCCUUUGUCCUUCGAAACUGUUGCUACGCGCCACCGAAACAACCUUACCCUUUCCCAGGGAUUCUUCAAUAAUUCUCAUCAAAAUCGAAGUAUGGCGCUCAAGGCUGCUUCAGGUUCUAUACCUGGUGCAGACAAAAGUAGUGUCGAUAAGGAGGUGGAAAAGUCUGAGACAUAUUCUCAUAGCAUGGCAAAAGCCAUGGGUGCUGUUUUGUUUUAUAAGCAUGAAUUAGGAAUGAACUAUAACUUCAUCCGUCCAGACUUGAUUGUGGGAUCAUGCCCGCAGACUCCUGACGAUGUUGAGAAGUUGCGUGGAAUUGGCGUUAAAACUAUAUUUUGCUUACAACAAGAUUCAGACCUCGAAUAUUUUGAUGUUGAUAUUAAUGCCAUACGAGAAUAUGCCAAGACACAUGAUGUUCAACACUUGCGUGCUGAGAUAAGAGACUUUGAUGCAUUUGAUCUACGGAUGCGGCUUCCAGCUGUAGUUAGCAAAUUAUACAAGGCAAUAAAUUCCAUCGGAGGUGUAACAUAUAUACAUUGCACUGCUGGACUUGGAAGAGCUCCAGCUGUUGCAACGGCCUAUAUGUUUUGGGUUCUGGGUUACAAACUUUAUGAGGCGCAUACACUACUUCAGAGCAAAAGGGAGUGCUUUCCGAAACUAGAUACCAUUAAAAGUGCAACGGUGGACAUUCUUACAGGGCACAGCAAGAAAUCUGUCACUUUGUCAUGGGAAGACAGCAAUUGCUCUAGUGUCGAAAUUGCAGGACUUGAUAUUGGAUGGGGACAGAGAAUACCCCUAGAUUUUGACGAUAAAGCGGGUUUGUGGUAUCUCGAGAGGGAAUUGCCUGAAGGACGCUACGAGUAUAAAUACAUUGUUGAUGGGGAAUGGACAUGCAAUAAAGAUGAGCUUGUAACUGCUCCCAACAAAGAUGGUCAUGUCAACAAUUUCAUUCUAGUCCUUGAUGAUAGCAGCAGUGAUCGUGUCUCCCUCCGGGAAAGAUUUGCAUCUGAUGAUCCUGAUCUCACAGCGGAUGAACGACUGAGAAUAAAGGAGUUUCUUGAAGCUUGUCCUGACGAAGGUCUGUGA